GCAUUCAGGAGCAAAAGGUUUUGUUUCUAGCCGAACCACAAAAACAGUUGCACCUUCAGUACAGUUAGCUAGCAUUUGACAUUUCUGUUUUGCCGAUGGACUGAUAUCAGCCAGUAAAGAUGCUACUGAAAGAUCUGCCCAGAGAAGCCUUGAUGAGGCCCCUGUCCAGGAAUGAAGUGAUUGGGAUGUUGGUGAGGCUGAGCAUCUUUGGUGCUGCUACAUACUACAGCAUCAAAUGGGUUGUGGACGCCAUGGACCCCACCUCUAAACAGAAGAGCCAGGCCAAAAAAAGGGCAGAGGAGCUGAUGAGGAGGAUCGGCGUCGAAGGGGUCAAACUGACAGAGUACGAGAUGAACAUUGCAUCUCUCUUAGUCGAUCCCCAAACUAUCAAGGUGUCCUGGAGAGAUAUAGCAGGUCUGGAUGACAUUAUUAACGAGCUGCAGGACACCGUUAUACUACCCUUUCAAAAAAGACACCUUUUACCUGAAUCUAAACUCUUCCAGCCUCCUAAAGGUGUGUUAUUGUUUGGUCCUCCGGGAUGUGGGAAGACCAUGAUUGCCAAGGCAACAGCAAAAGCCUCUGGGUGCAAGUUUAUCAACCUUCAGGCGUCCGCGCUGACGGAUAUGUGGUACGGGGAGUCCCAGAAACUGACCGCCGCCGUUUUCUCCUUAGCUGUUAAAAUUCAACCCUGUAUUAUCUUUAUUGAUGAGAUCGAGUCUUUUCUAAGAAAUCGCUCCAGUCUGGAUCAUGAGGCCACAGCCAUGAUGAAGGCCCAGUUCAUGAGCCUGUGGGAUGGGCUUGACACCUCCCUAACCACCAAGGUAAUGGUGAUGGGAGCCACAAACAGGCCACAGGAUGUAGAUCCGGCGAUUCUGCGAAGGAUGCCUGCCACCUUUCACGUUGGCCUACCGAAUACAAGGCAAAGAGAAGACAUCCUCCGGCUGGUUCUAGCUGGAGAAAAUCUGAGUAAUGCCAUAAAUCUGAAAGAGAUUGCUGAGAAGACCGAAGGAUACUCUGGCAGUGACCUCCGGGAGCUUUGCCGCGAUGCCGCCAUGUACCGGGUCAGGGAUUACGUCCGCAAGGAGCAAAUGAGGCAGAUCGCACAGCAGCUGCAGGACUAUGAGGAGGAGGAAAGGCCUGUUGAUGAGGAUCGGCUAAGGCCUGUGACCCAGCUGGACCUCCUCUUCGGCCUUGACAAGAUGAAGGAAUCCAAGCAGGCCACAUCCGUCAUCCUACGGCGGGUAGCAGAGGUCCCUCUGGACUGAACGCUGCUGUUUGGGGAAAAUGCCAUUCAUUUUUACUUUCGGUUUUCACUUUACGUUCCAACUCUGAGAGCAGACCAGCUGUAGAACGUGCCUUUUCAAAGGGUAAAAUGCAAAAAUACAGUUUUUCUGACUUCCUCAUUGCGUGGCAAAAUGCAGCAUCCAUGCAAUGAGGUGGAAUAUAAGAGACUCUGCAAAACUGACUGGUAACUUGCACGAGACCGAGCUGUCAAUCAUUGUUUGUUGAGGAGCACAAAGGGAUGAUCAUCAACAUUUUAGAUAAGGUCAAAUGACAUUAACUUCCCUGAUAGGUGGUCAGAAGCAGAGCAGCUAAUAAACACAUAACCUGCAGGGCAUGGUGGCCCUCGGAGCAGAGUACUCCCCCACAUGGUUUAAUUUAUUCCCAGGACAGGAUUAUCUCCUUAAAUUGUCAGACAGAGUGCAGAUCCAUCAAGAAA